AUGUAUCUGCUAUGGUGCUUUCUUCUCCUUGUCGUGUCGACAGUCGUGUCCACACUCCCUUUUGGGUGCCAGCAGGGUGUCAAUUGUCACCUACCCAACUGUUUCUGCAGUACGUUGCAACAUUUUAUGAACCGCAGUGAUAUUCCUCAAAUGAUCUAUUUUGGGUUGGAUGAUGCCGUGACCGGAUCUGCCUCGGAAUAUUACCGUGUGCUAUUCCGAAGUGAACGAAAAAAUCCAAAUGGUUGUAGAAUAACUCCAACUUUAUACAUUUCCCAUCAAUACACCCAGUACAACGUUGUACGUGAGUACCGAGAUCUUGGUUACGAACUGGCCGUGCAUAGUGUCACCCACACUAACAUAAACACCGGCGCGAAAGUGUUGCGUGAGGCGCGCGACCAGAAAAACAAUAUUAUCAACCUUGCUGGUGCAAAGUCUGAGGACGUUGUUGGCUGGAGGAGCCCUUUCUUACAGACGGCGGGAGACAGUCAGGUGAAUAUGUUAAAGCAGCUUGGCUACCAGUACGACAUUUCACUGACACACAAACGCGCUCACAUGCGUGACAGCAGUCCUUUCCCCUUUACACUGGACUACGGAUGGCCGUAUAACUGCCAAAUUCGUCCAUGUCCUCAACAAAGUCACAAAGGCUUCUGGGAAGUACCUGUCAACGCCAUGCGUGAUUUCAAAGAUCAGUUUUCCUGUGCUUAUGUUGACGGUUGUUAUAACCGACCAGCUACGGAGGAGCAGGCUUAUAAGUACAUCAUGGACAACUUCCUAAGUCACUAUAACGGUAACCGGGCUCCGCUAGGUUUCAACAUGCACUAUGCCUGGUUCAUGUCACCUAAUAACUUCAAAGCUAUGGAUAGGGCCAUUCAUGAUAUGAUGCAGUACCCAGGCGUUUAUAUCGUCAACGUUAAACAGGUGCUGGACUGGAUGAGACGCCCGACAAAGCUUUCUGAACUUCCCAGUUUUGAACCCUGGGGAUGUGGUCUGGUGACUCCAAAACCACCUACAACAACGACGACGACUACAACGACGACGACAACAACAACGACGACAACACCAAAACCAACAACAACGACGACAACAACGACGACAACAACACCGAAACCAACAACAACUACAACAACAACGACGACAACAACACCGAAACCAACAACGACGACAACAACACCGAAACCAACAACGACGACACCAAAACCAACAACGACGACACCGAAGCCAACAACGAAAGUAACGACAACGACACGGAAACCGGUUACGACAACCACAACAAUGUCAACGACGACGAAAACGAAACCAAUAUCGACAACGGAUGUCCACAGGUAUAAAGCACGUUUACCGGGUCCUAUACCCAGCGAAAGCUGUCAUCAGGAAGUAAACUGCCAUCUACCGGAUUGUUAUUGUGCUGGGAAGAGUAUCCCGGGUGGACUUCCGGUGUCGGACAUUCCGCAAAUGGUAUUUUUUACAGUGGACGGUGUACUUAAUUAUCAGGUUUAUGGAAAAUUGGCUAGACUUCUUCCGGCUUCCCGGAAGAACCCUGACAAUUGUCCGGUAAGUGCUACAUUUUUUGUCUCGCAGUCGGGUACGUUUAGAAUGUAUCUGAAACUCCUGAAGGACCGAGGAAUGGAAAUUGCAUCCAAGGGCUAUAACGGGGUACAUUUUAACGAUCAACACGUUCUCAAUGAUGAAAUGAUGUCACAACUUACAGAACUAAGCAAGCUUGACAUUAAACCGAAAGGUUGGCGUAGUCCUAACCUGAAGCCGUUAGGGGACGGUCAGUUUGAAAAAGUAAUGAAAUACGGAUACCUUUACGAUUCCACAUUAACUGUCCCUCGCGAGAGCUCUGGCAAUAAGUACUGGCCGUUUACCUUAGAUUACGGUUGGAAGGAGUCCUGUGUGAUACCAGAUUGUCCCAGGUCAGCAUAUCCCGGGGUGUGGGAGGUCCCUAACACCCCCAUUAUUGACUAUCGUAAUCUGUACAUCUGUAAUUACGUGGACGGCUGCAUGUUUUCUCCUCCCACGGCUAACGAUACAUUUAACUUCCUGUGGAACAACUUCAAAUCUCACUAUCAAACCAACAAAGCGCCCUUCGGAAUACAUCUUCGCCAUAUUUGGUUUUCACAUCCAUUUUUUACUAAAAAUUUGGAGGGGCUACAGAUGUUUGUUGACAAAUUAAGCACCAUGAACGACGUUUAUAUUCUGGCCAUUAAGGAUAUCAUUGAAUGGAUGAAAAAGCCGACGACUCUACAGAACCUCCAAGUGGACAGUCCUUGGCAGUGUUAA